AUGAGUGUUCUAACACUGGGUCAGAAUGCAUUACAUAUUGUUGCUGAAUUAAGUACACAAGCGGUUCAAAUGGAUCAUGACCAGCAAACUCAAAAACACGAGUGUCAUGUAUUACAUGAGAUAUUAAAAAAAACCACCGCUGAGCGGGAUGAGGCAGUCCAAUUAGCAGAUAUCUUAUAUAAGACAAACCAGCAGAUAGGCGUGGUUAUAGACCACUUCCUCCAGGGGCGUGUAAACAACGGGCACGAGUCAGAAUUAUUCAAGAUCAUAUUAAUCCAUAUUCUGCGCCAACAGGAUAGAUCUGAAACUAGAAACAGAUUACAAAGCUCUAUCGCCACUGGGAAGAAUAAGAAUAACAGAUCUGCUAUUAAAAAGAAUCCUGGUUCUGUUAAAACAGACACACAAGUUGCAGGCAUAUGA